CAAUAUGAUUCAUUUCCGGUUUUUACUCUGAUAUGUUUUUUGUAUUUUUUGAAAAAUAACUAAAUACCAAGGAAAGACAUGACCACUUCACGAUCCACAGCGUUUUCAUACAAUUACGCAAUAGUUUGUCGUGUACCCCGUAGUUUUGCUGAUCGAGGAACUCAAAGUGACGGACGACAAAUUGACUAUGAAGAGGCUCGUGCGGAGCACCGCCAACUGGUUGACACAUUGAGGAAAUGUAGUUUGAACAUCAUUGAGCUCCAAGAAGAUGAGGAUUAUAAAGAUUGUUGUUGUGUUGAAGAUUGUGCUGUUAUAAUUGGUGGCACAGCUCUUAUUACAAGACCAGGGCUCAAAACAAGACAAGGCGAGACAAAGGAAAUUCGCCGUGUACUGAAAGCCGAUUUAAAACUUCGCAUCCAGGAGAUAAAUGAUGGAACUGCUACCCUUGAUGGCGGUGAUGUACUCUUCACAGGAAAGGAGAUAUUGGUUGGUAUAGGCCGUAACACAAAUGAACAAGGGGCUCAGGCUGUAGCGGAGGCAUUCCCGGAAUAUAUGACUAUACCGAUCUACAUUGACCGACUACGAGCUCUCCACUUGAAAGGUGUUUGCAGCAUGGCAGGUAGACAGGUCAUUGCAGUGAGUAACUCCGAUGACGGCUUUGAAGUUUAUAAGCAAAUCAAGAUGCGUGCUCAGUUUAGUUAUGAACUUCUGAAGUUAGAUACAGACGAGGCAGCCAAUAUGAUCUAUGUAAACGGAAGACUUAUAAACCGUACUAGAGAAGAAGUCGGUGAAACAUGCUGGAGCGUACUUGAUGAGAAGAUUUUGAAUCCUCGCCACCAGGUUUCCAUCCAGGAGCUUGAGAAAGCACGAGUCACCCUGUCCAGCAUGGUCUUGUUAAUCAACAAAGAGAAACGUGCACGCAAAAUCGUAUCCAAUCUUCAGGAUGAGGAUAUGGACCGAUAUGCCACCAUUAAAACUAUCAAAUAAAUGACAUUAUUGUAAUAAAAAAUUCCUUAGAAAACAUCAGGGUCACAGCUAUAUGCCUUAUAAAAAUAUUCAUUGUAAGAUUUUAAGUUUUGAUAUAGUUUGAGCAAUAUAGAAAGAAAUAAGGUCCAUGUUAUUAGUUACUGUGCUAACUGGUUCAUUUAAUAAAGAAACUGAAAUAAAACCUUUGGGUCAUUGCAAAAAUCCAGACCAUGAAUUUCCUUCUCUUUCUUGCAAAACUUAGUUACGUAUAGAAAUGUGUCUUCAUUCUAUGUGUUAUCUUUUUAUAAAAAGAUUUUCUUUAAAAAAUCAAUAAAAAAAACAUUUAAUGUAUUUAGAUGCUAACUUAGACACUAUAAGAUAGUUUCAUCUGCAUUACUUAGCAUAGAGUAUUAUAAUUAUAGUUAAUAAGUAUUUUUUAUUUUUCUUGAGAAAUGCACAUGGUAAUAUUAAACACUGAGGGAUGUGAUAUACUUAGAAGUUACACCCAAGGGCAGGUAAUUGAUAUAUUGAUCAUUCCAGAUGUUAAUUUGUGUUGAUAUAAUUUUCCUGUUGGAUAUGUUAGACAUCUCCAAGUUGCCAUAAAUGUUUUCCAAAAAUCUCAUGUUGUUACAGAAAUUCUAAGGACAUUGUUUGCAAAAGAUAUAUAUUUUUAUAAGAUUUUAUAGAAUUGAAAAAAGAUUUGAGAGAUGCUUGAUCGCAGUUUAUGAACGAUAGGAGAAAAAUAACUAGCCAAAUUGACAAAAAAAAAUAAAAAUAUACAUUGUAGAUUAUUUCUUGGCCAAAUUAAAGGGUUUUUAAAGUAGCUUUUUUGUAAAACAUUGAAAAAAAACAAACAGAAUUUUCAGUAAAUAUACAAGGUUGUUCAUUACUUGAUGCAAACUUUUAUCAGCUUUUUGGCAUUUUAAUCUAUUUUUAUUUUUUUGUUGUAUAUAUGACAUUUAGUUUUGCAGCUUUGUAUACUGUAUUUUUUUAUAUCCACAGAAUCAUUUAUUUCAUACUAGGUUGUUUGAAUGUUUUUUUACACAAAAGUAUGGUAGUCAACCAUUUAUAGGGUUUUUUUCAUGUUUUGAUUUAAGAAAUUAUGUAGAAAAGUUGUGUUUUAUUAAAUAGGGCAUAGUGAAUGAUUUCAGAACGGAAUAGUCUUGCGUUAAUGAUUCCAUGAUACAGUGUUAAAUAACUUUAAAUGAAUUAUUUGGAUUCUAAUAUGUCUUAAUUGUACAAUAGUGUUAAUAGAUUAAAUCUCAGAGCACUAUGUACUGGUCACUACAAAAAGGUCAGUGUGACAUCACUGUGAGCUUGUUUAAUUAAAACUAAUGAUGAUAGGUCAUUUUAGAAUAAUAAUUAUUUGGUGGUUUAAAUUUUGCCAGUAACAGGGUUUGACCAAACUCAAGUUUGGUUGAAUAUACAUGUUGGGUUUUAUUUACAAUAAUAUUCACAAACAGUGUGAUUCACAAAUCGAGGGUUCAACGCAAUAAGGGCAUAUCUACAUAUGAUUAUUAUAUGUAGAUACGCCCUUAUUGCGUUGAACCCUCAAAAUUAGAGCUAGGCAUAAACAUCAAGUAGCACUAAAGGGAAUCCUUGCCCUAGCUGUCUUUGAAUCGCUUGCCCGUCACCUUUGUGAGUUAAAAACCUCGGUUUAGUUCUAAAAUUAUUUCGCGGAGGAAGCCGUCCAGCCAGUUUCACGAAGCUGGCGGUUUUACCUAGGUACACAAGCAAGGCAGGUAGCAGAUUCUGCUUGAAAUAAUACCCUUGGAAGAGCACCUAGGGUCUUCCUCCACCAUCAUAGGCUGGAACAUUGCCUGAUGACAUAAUGAUCACUUAGUUUUGAUGUUAAACCCAACAAAAACAUAUUAAGAAGCACUGUUUGUGCAUCAUAUAAUUGUUUUACUCAGCAUUCACAUCAUAUGUCUUUCAAUCUGUAACAUGCUAUUUUUUUCAUUUGAAAAUACCCCUAUAGAUAAUGUUAUGAGUGUUUUUCAUUGGGAAUGGGAGUACAUAUUUUCAUGUCAAACAAGUCAUACUUAACGUAGUUUUAUAUUAUUCUCACGAAAAGUUAUUCCUAUGUAACAACAUUUUAUUUUUAUCAUAUUUUUAUGUAUCAAAUACUGAACACAUGGAGGUGAAGCAUAAAGUGCAAUUAAUGUUUUAUAUUCAAAGCUGUUAAUUUCUUUCUUAUAGAUGUAUGUAUGUCAUGUAUUAAAUGUAAUGUAUUUUCUAUGUUUUAAGCAAAUCUUGAUGGAGUCCAGAAUUAAUAAAACCAUUUCCAGGGGUUUCUCAAGUACAUGUCACUUUGUCCAGUAUUUCUUUUGACCUUAAGAAAAGUUAACAGGUUAUAUACUUUAAUAUAAAAGAUGCUAGAGUGUGAGGGGUUUUACCUUGUAAACAGAUUUGAUUUAUACCGAGUGUGCUGUUAUUCUGCUUGUUAGCAUUCUGACCUGAUAAUAAAGUGCAGUCCAGUUUUAUCCACUUUAAAGUUUAAAGUCUGCAUAGCAUGACAAGACAUGUUUGAGUGAUUUUGCACAGUAGACUGUCAAAAUUAGUAUCAGACUUUAUUAAUUAGUAAUUUCAUGUGUUGGAAUAGAUACUUUAACUUGAACAACCUAGUGCCAUUCAUGUGGUGCUUAUAGAAUACAUGUGUGCCUUUGUCUGGUUGCAAAAAAUAUCUGAACUAACAAAGAUAUUCCUAAACACACAAUUAAUGGGUUUGAAGAUUUUGUCAUGUGUAAAUGCAGUGUUUUAAAUGCAGAAAAUUUACAAUACACUCACAAUAUGUCAACUCUGCAUGAAUUGUAUAUAUGAUUUUAUUUUGAGGGAAUAGAAUUUGAAGGCAUUUGAAUUGUAAUGGUUGUGACUUUGAUUUUACUAUUAUAAGUUUAUAUAAACAUAUGUUAUUUUCUUGUCCUUGCUUUCUGUUGCAAAGGCUAGGAUGUUUAUACUGAAUGUAUUAGUAGUUGCUUUAAGCAUAAUUAUUUUGUAGUCCAUAAUAGAAGAUCUGUGUAUUAAGUCUCACUAUCACUGCCAUUGAAUUGUACAGUGAAAAUACGACAGAUGUUAUGGAAUAUUAGAUUAAAGUGUUUGGCUCAGUUUGUAACAUUACAUUCCUUUUUCUUAAGUUAAAUGUAAAGUAUAAAAUAUUUAGUUUAAAUGUUUAGCAUUGGCGAAAAAAGUUUUUGUCUGAAAAGUUACACUAUGAAUUAUUUGGUCCUUGUAAAGUGGUUGUCAUUGUUGAUAAAAUAUGAAAAAUUAUGUGAUAGUUUGAUUUUGACAUUUGAGAGUUCAGUUUAUAGACUCGUCUGCUGUUUGGGGAAAUCAGCAUUAUUUACUUUGCUUUUUUUUAUGUAAGAACCACCAUCGUACUGAAUAACAUUACCCAAAUAACAAACCAUUCCAUUAUGAAAAGUACAAAAACAUCGCUGACCUCAAAACCGAACUAUAAAUAUUAUUUUAAUAAAAACAAUCUGAACAAUUUAUCCUGUAUUUAUAUUAAAAGUUUUAGAAUGUCUGGUGUUUCCAGGAACUGUCAUUCACACCAUCUUGCAAGGUUUACAGGUACUUGAACAUUAACCUGCAUAUACUGGGUAAUCCUUUUUUUUUUCAUCUAGACUUUUCAACUUUAAUAUUGACCAGUGCAGAAUACAUUCAGUUAGCUUGUGGCUACACAUUAUACUCGAGUGUUUUAUUAGCACUAGUGUUAGAUAUAUAAGCAGGUCCUUGAAAAGAAUCCAUCCGGUAUCGGUAUUUAAGAAAUACAUCUAAUACAGUCUUACUAUUUUCCAAUUAUUUCAAAAAUUUGUUUUUGCAUGUCAAAAAAGACUUAAUAGCUUAUAUAAAACACAAGUUAUUUCACUGUUAAUUUUGGUCUCUAUAGUUUGUAGUUUUCAAACAGAUAUGCAUAUUUAUAAAGAGAUUGGCAUUAGGAUUAGUCACUUUCUUCAGGAGAAAAAUUAGGAAAGUUGACACUGAGCAAGCCUUACCCACAACUGUUGUUGUCAGAACAAUGUUGCACUGAAAUGUUAUUUUGAUAAAUGCCAUUUUGUAAAUGUAUGCUAAAAAUAUUAAUACAAUAAAAACACAUAUGCUUGUA